GGGGAGGGCGCGCGCGGGGGGAGCUUCCGGGCCUGGCCGCGGCAGGAGGAGGCGGGGCGGGGAUAGGGACGCUGCUGAUGAGCACGACGGCGGCGGCGGUGACCAAGGCGCGGGAGAGCCCGUACCUGCUGGCGCUGGCGUCGAACCCGACGUUCGUGUCGGGGAUGGUGGCGUUCGCGGUGGCGCAGGCCACCAAGGCCCUGCUCACCUCCGUGGUGGAGCGGCGGUGGAGCCUGCGGACGCUGUGCAGCUCCGGGGGCAUGCCCUCCUCGCACUCCGCGCUCUGCACCGCGCUCACCGCCUCCGUCGCGCUCUGCCACGGCGUCGGCGACGCGCUCUUUCCCGUCUGCCUCGGCUUCAGCCUUAUCGUCAUGUACGACGCCACGGGCGUCCGGCGCCACGCCGGGAUGCAGGCCGAGGUGCUCAAUAAGAUCGUUGAGGACCUGUUCCAAGGCCACCCCAUCAGCGAAAGGAAGCUCAAGGAGCUGCUAGGGCACACCCCGUCGCAGGUCUUCGCCGGCGCGUUCCUGGGCAUCCUGGUGGCCUGGUUCUGCUGCCAGGGCUGUAUCGGUGCCAUCUGAUGCUGCCGUUGUAGCAUGCCUGACUGCUUCAGAAAUGGAGUCAUUUUGUACCAUCAUUGGGGGGAAACAUUGGUAUUUUGUUUUCUUGGCGUAAUGUUGGUUGUACAUAAUUGCAUGGAUGGUAUCACAAACUUCUCAAUUCAUAGUUGAGACUUUGGUCUGAUUUGAGAUUUA